GCUGUGGCCUGUGGCCCGAGGUUACGCGGUUACGCAAAUUGUUUAUUCUACGAUUGUGCUGUCACUGUGGUAGUAGGUGAAUAGAGUGCAAACACAGCAACGAUACCGGUCGAGCGCUGUGGUGGUAGUUGGUCUGGACCCGCCUUGGCAAUCACUUUGCCACGAAUGUCACUCGCUCGAGCGCUAGUUCAAGCGUCCGAUCAGAACGCAUGAAUCAAGAGGAACGGAGGUGCUGUUUUGAAGUUUUGACAACCUGCACACCAGCGCAAACAAAAUGACUUCAAUGCCUCAGACACUUCGAAUUUUGGAAAACUCUCAUGUUAACCGUGCUUUCACCGAAGAAGUUUGCGACUGUGAAUCGAGCAGCGCAACCCCGGACGGAUGCAGUGACAAGUCGUACGAACCAGAAUGGGCUGAGAAUAUUGGCCCAAAAGGCGAAUUGUUCUUCAUUGAACCAAGAUACAAGUCGUCAUUCGGUGCAAGAUCCGUCGCUGCCUCCGACAAGAGUUCCGGAAAUGACUCUCAAGUUGCGCGUUCCAAAGGUUUCGGCUCUGAAGCUAAAAACAAGAUCCGAAGCUUAGUGGGACGCAAAAAGGUUAAACACCACAGUGGUGAUGGUGAGCUCGACGUUUCGCAGUGUCGGAAAGAGCCAUCGCUGCGCUCCUUCAACAAAGCAGAAUGCAUCGAAGUGUUCAUUGACGUCGAUCCGGCCCGCCACAACUAUGGACGAAGGGCGACAAUCUGCGAGGCGCUCUUUGGCAUAAUACCUGGAACUCUACCGUCGAGGCUUGCCACCGCUGAAAUGCUUGGUGAAUGCUCACCAGUAAUGGUGCAAGGACUUUUGCCAGAUGGUGAGGCCAUUAAGACAGGAGCUAUUAAAAUCGGAGAUGUCCUGAGAAGUGUUGAUGGCUCCAGUGUGAAUGAGAAGAACAUUGAUAGCAUUCUGCGAGGCAUUUCCAAAGCACAAAAGGUAAAGCUCCAGUUUGUUCGCCCUGAAGAGAGCACACUUGCGGGAUGUGACAAGUACACAUACCCUCAGAGUAUUGAUGCUCAAAGCUCACUUAUAAAACAAUUAUCUGGUGACAGUGCAAUGGUUCAGCAAGUGAAACAGCAACUUCACCAAGUACCUCAUGCAUUCCUCUAUCAAGGAUUCUGCAGUGACAUGCACCAGCAGAGUGAGCCAGCACGUCGAACUGAGCAAUUUUAUCGAUUUCCUGACCAUGAUCAUACGCUUUCAAACCUUAGGGGCAUGUUUGUGACUCUGAGUUGUGUGCUUGGAGAUGUUACUGCAACCAAGCCACAGAGCAGCAGCCUCACUGUGGAUGGUCAUUUGGUUCAUGUCGCCUACUUUCACGAAGAAAACGGCAUGGCUGUCCUCUGUCUUCCAGCAGCACAUGCAACUCCAGAAGAAGUUCGUAGUUUUCUUUUGGACAUUGUUAAGCUAUUAAAGUUGGAAUACAGGUCAUUGUCACAGGCCUUUAGGACCGUGGAGGCUCAUAGCUGCGUUGACCUAUUCCUGCUCCACUUCUUUCGGGAAAUGCUUUUAGACCCUGGACAAGAAUGUAACAGGCUCAGGUUCAUACGUUCCUUACCUCAUGUACAUUGGUUACACCUUCCCACGGAAGCUCAAGCUCACGUUGACACUGUGCUAAGUGAGCUCGAAUCAGCAGACGUGUCCGAGGCAUUUGAUCGUUCAUCCAGGUGCUUUACAUUCCUUGGCUCAUGUGCUUUCUACAAGGGCUUCCUUCUUGGGAACCACUUGGCCAAGGAUUACCUUGAAAGUGUAUUUCUGUAUUGCCGCCACUACCAGCUACUGACACUCACAAAAGAAGAAUCAGUUGGGCAGGUGGUGGUGUGGAAGGAAAUUUUCCUUCGAGAUGAGUUCGUGACUGCUCGGCAUUUUGUGCUUAUUGUGGGGCUUAAGCACAGCAUCAUACUGUCACUUUUAGAAGUUGGUGGCUGCGCAUCUGUUUCUGAGGAGAAUCCUGCACCUGAUGCAUUUUACAUUGAUAGGGUUCAAAACUCCUUGCUGCAUCUUGAAUCUCUCGGAGUGCUCUCCAUGGCUGAAGGUUGCCUUUUGAAUUGUGGCUCUGCACCUGGCUCGACAGCCAGUUCUGCAAGCUCCAAGAGCUGGUGCCAGAGUUCAAUGAAAGACAGUCAUUCAAGCUUGUCCCUCCCUGUUCCUCCGUCACUCUCCCCAAGACGAGCAAGGAAGAGUAGUGAUGUAGAACAGUGUCAUCUUUUGCAUUGUACAAGCAACCACUUUGACUGUUCUGAGCAUGACCCCCAGAUGAGCAGAAGCUACAGCAGCUGUAGUGACUCAAAUGGGCUACGUGCCAGACACUGCUCUAUUUCCACCAGUUCUGAUUGUGACUCUCGUACCAGUGGCAGUGAUCUCUACCAGGGACGGGAUGAAAAAUUGCAGAGAGCUUUCACCAGCAGUUACGACCUGAGCAGCCUCCGUCGCAGCCUCGAAGAUGGCAGCAGUCAAGGCCAAAACCAGGCACAAUAUUCACAGUCAAUGACCUGUGCUGAUGAAAAUCUAGUUUUUCACUACCUCAGUAUAGAUAUGGCAGAGGGUGUCUUUGUAGCACCAGUGGAAUGUGCACUUAAGAGCAAUCUGGGUGCCGAGGUUGUUGAAAACUUCUACCGCUGUUGCCUAGAAAUCAGGAAAGUAUUUAACAGCACAGCAAAAGACGCACGAACUGCAAGGGAAGAUGAGAUAGAGUGUGAGAGCAAGUUCCUUUCAGACAGGAGCCUUUCGUGUGUAAAAGAGCAUGGAGUGCUUUUUACCUGCCCUACCUCCAGUGGCAGCAGAAGCCGGGCCAAGGGUCCAAUUUCAUACUGGGUUGUGGGCCGUCUGUUUGCCGACAAGUGUCAACCGAGGGAGGUUUAUGUCUGCAUGCAUGAGGAGGCUUCUGCAACUGCAUUGGAGAUGGCAUUCAGGCUGUCCUUUGGCUUGCAGAUAUAAGCUGUAUCCUUGUCCUUCGUAGCUCCUCCUUUGACGAGUUACCAUAGAGGUGUCAGGUGAAGCAUGUUCCACUAUAUUUAUAACCACAUAAUCAUUUGGCAUUACUUUUGUUGUGCUUUAUUUAUUUGUAGCAUUGCAUUGAUGUUUGGUGUUACAUGUCACAGCUGUGUUUGAAGUGUUCACUUGGUUGCCUAAUAGGCUGCCUAUAAUUAGGAGUUAAUGUUUUGCGUUCAAAGCAGAAAAUGCUAAGAGUAUGCUGAAUCUAGGCUGGGAUAACCUAAAAUUAUUUAACUCGGUUUUUAUUCCAACUCUGCCAUUAGACCUCCGUGAUUGAUCAGAAUGGCUCAGUCUCUGUCAAUAUUAAUGGCGGACUUAGAUUAAAAAGAAAGUGGAAUAGUUUUAACGUUUUUCCAGCCCUAUUCUCAGAACUUCACUUCUGAGAAAUAUCAAUGUUCAUUUUGGCACAGGAAAAAACUUAGAAAGGGUAAUGAUUAUGUAUUCGCAAAUUUUGUGAUGGUAAAGUGUUAACAAGUGAGCAGUACAAGUGUAGCACAGAAAUAUUGCUAAUCUUAAGAGAAAAUGGCAAAAAAAGUGCACUUGCACUCAACAUUAUAAAUUAGUUACAUUCACUAUGAACUGUGAAAUUAUUGGUUUCUCCUUAUCAUAAAGUAAGAGACAAUUUUGGUUGGAUACCCAGCCAAAAUUUCAAUUGUGUUGUAGAUGUUUAAAGUAAAAGUGAAAUAUAUUCCUCAUUGCAGCCAUCAUAUUUUUAAGAAUAAUCAGUUCUCUGGGUUGAUAUGUACAAAAGUUGCAUACACCUCAUGACAGUACCACCCCAAUUCAAUCUCGUGUAUGUGUACACACACAUGUAUGUAUUGCACACACCUUAUUUAAUACUGCACAAAUUUCACAUUAAUAAACAAGGGCCACAGUAUAUCACCUUAAACUAGACAUACAGCAUAGAUUGCAGAAAAGAUGGAUAAACUUUCAUGUAAAUAAUGACCACAAUAAAAGUGGUGAACCCUUUUGUGAAGACAAAUAGAGAAAAAAAAAAAGUGAAGCUUUCAAUAAAAGAUAAAGUGAUGCACGCACAUAAAAAAAAAUAUGGAAGCUGUCUCUGAACCUGCAAAAAAUAUAUAUAUCCAUUAAUAAAAGCACUGCUGAACCAUAGCAAAUAAUCAUUGCUGUAAGUUGGGCAAAGUUGGUUGCUGACAUUACAAAAUAUUCUUGCAGCGCUAAGGAAGAUAAAACGCACGCUAAAUGCUCAGGACAGGGGGGUGCUGGUUCUGUGCUUUUUGUGUUUGUGUUUCAUCUUCCUCAGCCCUAUGAACACGAAUUUCAUUAUGCUUUACCGAGUAAACUCUAGUUGGUGAAAUGACUGAGAAAAGACUUGUUGCUCUGCCAUAUGUAUCGCUUCAUUUGUUCCAUGCCUGGGGACUGGGUAAGCGUACACAGUGUAGACCGCUUAUAACGUAAGUUGCUGUAGUCGUGAAUAUCUGCACUAAAGGCGGUACCGCACUAUGACCAAAACAACGAUUUUCAAGCCCUGCACGUAUGCAAAACAUGUAGACCAAGCAGCCGCGCGUAUCCGAGAAUCGAAGCGUGCGACUGGGAGUUUUGCUUCCGUGUAAAUUUACGAACGUUGAAAGGUUAAUGUCCAAGUACCCACGAUCUUCGCAUGAAGCAGACAAAGUAGUAAUUAAAAAAAUUUCUCAGUUUCGCCCGAAAGGUGAAGCAUCAAUUGCGAUAGCAAAUUAGUAGAGAACUAUAAGGAGUAGGGAUAGUAGUUUUAUCGGCUGCAUAAACUUGACACAUUCGCUUACUAACUGAAUUAACAAGUGUGGUGUCAACGCACACAAGCAAACAUGAAUAGACUCGAUGACCGCAGACAACCACUGUCAAAACGCGACCGCCGCAGUGAGCGAAGGUUCGUGCGGUCUAUCGCUUCAACGAGAAACUGAGCGGCGUAAGCACAGCGCGUACAAAGGUCAGAGCCGUGUGGAGAUUGCUUUCAAGAUACAGUGCGCGCGACAGCCGGCACAGCCGCGAACGCAUUAGUUGGCAGAGUAGAUGCCGCCCUCUCCCUCCCUCUCGUGCUGCCUUCCUGCUUUGCUCCUUUCGCGUGGGAGAUUGCGUCGUACAGUAGUUCCCACCAGUUCCCCCUGCGCCCGGUUGCAAGAUAAGCAUUUGGUGCCGCGGCACAGCGUCACCCCCCCUCCCUCGCAUAUACCCUAUGGUCUUUCGCGCGAUGUAAAUCGCGUUUGCUCUCCGCUGUGCGUUCGCUCUCCGUGAAGGCGCGCGUCCCCCGCGCACUUUCACUCGCACAUACGGCGCGCGGCAACGAUUUUAUCGCCCUUGGACUCGUGCUCCACGUCUCAUGCUCCUCCUCCGCAUCACCCACGUUGAUCUCUUCUCCCAUUGGUGGGCGCACCUCGUUGAGAAGCGUGCUCGCUACCGCCCUUGUCGGCGAGAUUUUCCCGCAGAAGCCUCAUUAUAACCGUUAUUUCGUCUCACGCGGCUGCACUGUAAGCGGUAUGCGUAUGCAAGGAGUGCUAUGGGAAAAUUAAUGGGAGUCUGAAAAGAGCGUACUAUAUCCGGUCCUGCACUAUAAGCAGUUACGUUAUAAGUGGUCUAUACUGUAUAUGGACUUAUCUGAUCUUACAAUUCAGCAGUUUUCACUUGCUUAGCAUAAUGCACUUAUUACUUUUAGUAUUUUUUUGGAUGGAGUGGGAUAUACAAACAUAAUUUGUUCAUGAUAACUGAAAUUUUAGGAACACAAAAUUGGUAUCCAGCAUGCAUUGUCUUUUUACAUCCUAUUUACAUUUGUUUACCAUGAUGUGAAGUGGUCUCCUCUCUCUGAGUAUAUAUAUAUAUAUAUACACACACACAUGCACACACACUUAAGCAGUUAUUAAAACAUGUAACUUCUUUCUACAGAGAGCUUCUUUUUGUACUUAAGUAGGCCGUUUAACCCUCUGUUCGGGGAAUUUUAAGGCCAUUUUAAAGAAUACUUAAUGGGCUCUUUAUACUUCCUGUAUAUCCAAUAUAAGUAUAUAGAAGUGCCAAGCACACAACUUAACAAAUUAAGGAAGUCAAAGGUGUCUUACCACUUCAUUAUGAAGCUGGACUGCACACCUAUGUAGUUAAAAUCAUUUAGAAGCCUUUCUAUUCUUUUGACUGCUUCUGAACGUUAACAUUUUUGUUAGCUGAGAACUGUGGUGGUUCAUGCCUUGUAUAAAAAGCAAUUGCGUGCUGGUGCUGAAGUUAUAAAUUUCAAAAUUAAUGUCUGAAGAGUGGUAUGUUCCCAGAGGGUAGUAUGGCACAUUAAAAGUGCCUUGCAUCUAUAUUAUGGAAGCCACAGUGUUCUGAGAAAGGUAUGCUGCCCAGCAGUAAUGUAUGGCCAUAGAGGAUUAUAAAACACUAAAUGUUUAAAAGGCACUCAUUUUGGAGGAUAAAGUAAUCCCCAAUUUAGUGUAAACUUGGCAACAUGGGAUUGGAAGCAAAAAGUUUAUCAGUGCUCGGACAGUUGGUUGGUUGGUUACUUGAGCCUCCAUAAUGAGUGCCUUUUAAACGUGGUAUUCUUACAUAUGUGUGAACCAAGAUGCAGCCAAAAUCUUGUAGUGUACUGCUGGUCUAGUACAGUCUCAUCAGACACCACCACCAGUCACCAAGCAACAAAGCUGAAAGCAAAGUGACAAUUCUGCACCACUCGCACCAAGUUGGACUGGCUAUGGAUCCAGUGGUCUAAUGGUCUACCACUAGUCUGUGGUGUCCACAUUUACUGGCUGCUGGACAGAAUGCCUUGUUUAUAAGACAACCUAUAAUCAGGCUUUCAUUUAAAGGAUUUAGGUUAAAGUGGAGCAAAUCUAUGCACAUACUUAGCUCAGAUAUUUAGCUUCAAAGCAAGAAAAGUUAAAGCUUCGGAAAGCACAUGCGUCAUCCAAAAUGCACAUCCUUAUUGACAUGAGCACAGUCUAUAAAAAGCGUUAGUUGAGCCAGGCCAAUUAAUAGGGUUUUUUCAAAAACAUCUCCAUCAUUUCAUGAUCCUCAACACAAGUGUGAAAGAGGGCAGUCAAUAUGCAAGUUUUGCAAAUAUCUUUUUGUCUUAGAUUUGUCCAUGUUUGAGUACCUUUUGUGCAAGACUAAUGGUGCAUUAGUUUGUGUCAUUUUGUGUGGCUGCAUUUAAACAAAUGUUGGAUGUGAAUAACUCAGGGUUUCUCUGAGAUGUCAUUUUACAGCUCCAUGCAAAAAUGAUACUUGUGCACCACGUUUAAUACUUUUUAAACAUGUGUCAGCCCAACAUCUGGGGAGGGGUCUUCCACUGUUGGCAACUUACAGAGCAUGUCCAAUAUGAAUGAAAUGUAAGGUGGAAAGUUCUGAAUGACAUAUAACAAGGCCUACUACUUGUUGAAUGAAUGGUUUAUUCUGGGCUGGGAUGGUGCAACGUAUUCCAAUGCUUUUCUUUUUAGUGCAUCAGCGGUACAAGCAGCACUCUGCCUACGUUAUCAGCAAGAUCAGCUGGUCGUUAUCAAUAGAUAAGAAAGAAAAAAAUUGUUACAUUAUACCAGCUCUGAAUAAUCUGUUUUUACACAAGCCUUUUUUGUGUACUUAGUGGUUAUUUGUCUUUGCCAAGCGAGUGUUAACAUUUUGUUGCAUUUUAAUCAAGCUUGAAAUGCCACACCAUGUUCAAUUAUCAUGCAUACUUAUUGCUUUUAUACUCAUUUGUCACUCUCUAUACUGUUGGACAUAAAUAUAAAGUUCAUCCUAUUACUUGGAAAGUCUGAUGCAAUUUGCCUGUGGACCAGUAGUGCCUCAUACUAUG